AUGCGUGUCAAUGACAGAUCGAGGAAUGCUUCUCCCCAGCCGCUUGGGUUAUGGAUAGUAGGCCUUGGCUCACAGUAUCCACGCCAUCUGCUCGGACCCGAAAAGCUGGAUUCUUUCGUGAAACGUUUGUACGAUGUCGAAAUACCAGGGAUCAAGAGACUGUUGAGGAUCAAUCACACUACCGGUAUUGAGACACGAUCAGCAAUCAUGGAUUAUGAAUCGGGUUGGGGCACAGAAAAGAAGCCUCCAUCGAUUGAAGAGAUGGAUGCCCUGUUCCGUACAGCUGGCGUUGCCUUGACCGUACAAGCCUGCGAAAAGGCAAUCAAUGAGUGGAAUGGGGAUCCCAGGGAUAUUACUCAUACAGUCGCCGUUACUUGCACGAAUCGAGGAAACCCGGGAUUCGAUCUUCUUGUCAACAAGCAGCUGGGACUGUCACCUUCUGUGGAUCGUACUCUUCUCCACGGUGUCGGAUGCGCCGGAGGUCUUGCUAUCAUGCGCACUGCUGCUCAACUUGCAUGCGGAGCCACCUUGCGAGGUCGGCCUGCCAGAAUACUCUGCUUUGCGUGUGAGCUUAGCACACCUAAUGUCCGUUACGAAGUCGAUGCCGCCGCGAGAUGUCUCGAUGCAUCACAAGUCUGUAUCGCAGGUGCCCUUUUCUCUGAUGCUGCAGCUGCGUUCGUUCUCUGCAAUGACUUGGGUCUGCAAAAGACCGUCAAGCCAGUUUAUGAGCUGUUGAACUGGAAUAACACGCUUAUCCCCGAUACAAGCAACGAUCUAGAAUUCUUUGUAGAGGCAACUGGAUAUCGUACUACGCUUAGCAGAAGUCUUCCCAAACAUGCCGUUGGUGCAGUCGACAAGAUGGUCCGGAGUCUACUUCCCUCGAUCUGCGCUCAGGCUUUCUCCGAUGAUUUUGGUGCUGCAGACUGCGACUGGGCUUUACAUCCUGGCGGUCAAGCGAUCAUCGACGGAGUCCAACGAGUGAUGGGUCUUGCCGAUGAGCGACUGCGCGCAACGCGCGAGAUCUACAGGACACGGAGCAACUCUUCGAGCCCGACUGUACUAGGGGUCCUCGAUAGACUGCGAUCCAUGGACAUGCGCAAAGAAUUUGUCGUUGCGACUGCGUUCGGGCCAGGCUUGUCCGUGGAGAUGAGCUUCCUGCGAUCAUGUUCGGUUUCACCAACUCGUCACUGA